GUGCGAUUUAUUACACUUCCAAUUUUGAUCAAACGAAUAGUGUAAAAUGUAAAAAUGCUCAAGUACAUCAAAAGGCAGACGAGCCGCCGACGCAGCUCUAAUGAUACGAUUGACGAUGAUGAUGUGGUCGAUUGUGCAGCAGUGGCAGCGGCGCAAAAACGUAAUUCGCUGCGCUCCACAACAAGUUUCUGUGAUGAGGUGUUUAUGGAGGAAGAGGAGACGGAGGCAAACGCAACUUCGGAUGCAAUUAGCUUAAGCAACAAAAGUUUUAAUGUGGGCGCAGUUGCUGAUGAAGCUAUAUUCAACUACAGCUCGCGCCUUUCCAUGUCUCUAAAGGCAAUUGUCAACGAACCGGAUUGCCUUAGCUACUUUCUUCAAUAUUUGGAGUCACAAAAUAUGCUGCCCCUAAUCAAAUUUUAUUUGGAUAUUGAGAACUUUAAGCGAGCAGCAUUAACACAAAUACCUAAUCUGGAAGAGGAGAAUGCGCCUGCAGCUGAAAAUGCGCCUGCGGUUGGCUUCCCUCUGGAAGCUGAACAGCACAAAGUACCUGAAAUGAAAACCCUUUGCGAUUUGUCUAUGCGCAAGCCGCUUACCGAUGACGAGAAGAGUCGCAUCUAUGCGGAGACGAAUAAACAGAUGAACAAUAAACCCAAAUCGAUUGUAGAGUUGCAGCCAAUUAGUGCAGCAAGCAUCAAGGAUGCCAUAGCCAUUUAUCAGAAGUAUUUAAUUGUAAAUGCGCCGCUGCCCGUGGAGUUACCAAUUGUCAACCUGGCACACAUCUCGCUGUACCUUUGUAGCAAGGAUAACGAAAAAGGGAUGCAGCAGGCAAUCCCCGCUAGCUGCUUCGAUGAAGCGCGAGACUAUGUGCUGCAGCAGCUGGAACGGGAUCAUCUGCAAAGCUUCCUACAGAGCAGCUACUACUGCAAAUACUGUGUGGAGCUAAUCGAGGGAGAGGCGACACUUAAUAUAUACGACGUGCUCUACGACGAGCUAGCUCUAUUCUAUCUAACAGAAUAUCUCGAGCAACAGCAGGAGCGCGAAUGUCUCGAAUUUUGGAUCACCGCAAUCAACUUUCGCAAGAGCUGCGAUGAUCAGCGCGUGGCACAAUCGGAUGCUAUGAUUAUAUACGAACGUUAUUUCUCUUUGCAAUCAGAUUGUCGUCUGUGGAUGUCACAAAAGUUGCGACUUCGCGUAGAACAGGCAAUUUGUGAACCUGAUCAGCUGGCUCAGGCCUUCGAUCUGGCUUUACUCGUUACAGCAAAAUAUUUGGAACAAAAGCACUUUGCUAAUUUUCUUAAAUCAAACAUAUUUGAUAAUUAUGUUAACGAACUAAAAGCCAAAACAGGCAUACAGAGUGCAACUGAUGUUAGAGAUGGCUCGACUCUGCAGCACAAGCUAAGCCUACGACGUUCAAAAAAUGUCAACAAUCAGCAGCGCCAUCGCAAAACUUUAUCCAUGUCUGAUUGUCAGCAUUUGUCACAGCAUAAUACCCUACUAGCAGGCCUUGACACAGCUCACAAGCCACUGAAAUCUUCAAACUCGACCACAGCCAAUAUGAACAUCGAUUCGAGACAGUUGACCAAUCCUCAAUUGCUUUGGCAACGUCCUGUUAAUUCACUCAAAUUUGGCCAUGUCAACUCGCUGGGCCGGUACGAGCGAGAUUUCGAUUCUGUGGAUGCUGCUGCCUCACAGAACAAAACGCCGGCCUGGUCGCUGAGCGUUAAGAACGCAAUGCGUAAGCUGGUCAAUCUACCGGAGGAUAAUGUGCAAGAGGAGAUCGCCUGGCAGGUGGCCGAAAUGAUUGUGAAGGAUGUGACCAGCGUAACGCUGCAGAGCAAAAAUUGAUUGAAUAUUGAUUCAAUAUUUAUUUAGUUCGUAAACAU